AUGGCUUCUGCCUCCACCACUCCCGCACAAGCGUCCUCAAGCGUUCUCUGGGCUACCCCAUCUAAAGAAUGGGUUAUACAGCCCAAACCGAAGCCUGGGCGAAAGCCGAAGAAAGACACAACCACACCCGCUAAGGCCGAAGAGGAUCCGGAAAGUAAAGGGAGGCGCGUUCAGAAUAGGGCAGCACAACGUGCAUUUAGAGAACGCAAGCAGUCCCAGCUUGCCGAGCUCCAGGCUCGGGUUCUCUCUUACGAACAAGGAGAAAUAGAGCGCAAUGUCGCCCUACAAAAUAUUGCUAAGAGGCUAAAGGAGGAAAAUGAGAAACUUCGCUCUGAGAAUGCAUUUCUUAGAGAGAGGUUACUCAAGCUCGAGCAGGACGGUAGCAAUCAAGUCAUAGACAAGAAGCGCUCGAGGGCUACUUCGCCUACCUCCGCGCUUUCCACGAGGAAGAGGUCUAGAACAUUGACGGCAGAGGCAUCAAAUCCUAUGACUGUGUCGCCACUAUCAGCCGCCUAUCUCCCAUCCCCUCCAUCUAUGGUCUCUUCCCCGGACUCAAAUGGGUCGUGUGAAACGCGAUUCUCCCCUCUUCCCCUUGAAGUCCACUCUGCCGACUUGAAUGGCGACUCGUCCUUGCCGGGGAUGCUUAACUUUUCUGCCACAAAGCAGAAUAUCACCAUGGCUAAUUAUGAGCCCGCCGUGUUCCCACAAUUUGAUUGCGGCUUCUGCAACGAGGACACGCCUUGUGUCUGCAGAGAGUUGGCUAUGCAACAACAAGCAGACGCCGAGCGCAUGAAUGCAACGAACCUCAAAAUAGAAGCAGCCGAACAGUCACGAUUUAUCGCCCCGCUCGAGGGAACGAUCCGUCUUGAUCCGUCGCCUGCGCCUAACCAACUCUCCAUCUUAGACAACCUCCCCGCUUACAAGCCACCAGUCCCCCUCAAGCGCCGUGCCGCCAAAUCCUUCCCAGGAGUGAUCUUCCCCGUUAUCCCUGCCUCCCAGACCUCUCGGGCUACGUGCACAGGCGACCCUUCAAACUGCUCAGCUUGUUCUGAUGAUUCCUUCGGUCAGGCUUUUUGUGCUGCCGUUGGAAAGAGCUCGUCUACGAUAGCCCCAUGUGACAAUUGCCCCUGCGGUGAAACCUCCGCAGCGUUUGGCGAAGCUCAGACAGAGUCUCAUACAUGUAGUCAUCGCACGAUGGCGUCCCUACCCCGGCCUGCCGUAUCCCCAUACCCCAUUGAUGAGGACACCAUGCCUACCAACCAUGCCUGGAAGCAGCUCAAGGCCCAUCCCAAUGUCGAGUUCUCUGACCUAGAACUGCUCGCGGAUGUAGUCGCCCGUCGCUCCAAGUGCACGGGACCUCGAGUCGUAAUAUCGCCUGCCCCUGGUAGCAUCACUCCUGAGCGUCUACCAUCACCUGUCCCCCCGCAUAACGACGCGGCGGGCGCAGACCAGCAGUCCGUCCUUCUGACAGAUCCACACGCGCGAUACCGUGAAAGGGAGCACCUGCGGUCACCUCCUCCCCGAUUGGUACCAGAAGAGAUCUUGAUUCAAUGUGGGCGCCAACGCAUCCGGGAAGUAUCUACCAAUGCUGUUCAACACGCCCUGCGCCUUCUCGAUGCUAAAUAUUCUAGAUCGUGA